AUGGGCAGCGCUUACCACUGGGAGGCCCGUCGUAGGCAGAUGGCUUUGGACCGGAGGAAGUGGCUGAUGGCCCAGCAAGAGCAGCAGCAACAUCAAGAGAAGGAACUGAAGAAACUCCAAGAGGAGAAAUGCCAAUCUGAGGAAAACACCCAGCCAGCUCGGGAGACAGGGCCAUCACCAGUGCAAUUGCAGACGCCCCCGCCCAAGCCAGCGGAGCUGUCACAGAGGCAGGUGCAGGCACAGGCUCAAGGGCAGACAUCACAGCCACAGUCCCCGCCACCACCGCCACAGCCACCACCUCAGCCAAGGCAACCUCAAGACCCUCUUACUGAGUACACCUUCCAGCACAAUCUCCAGGAUUCCCAAAAGCCUGGUCCCCAUCUUGGCUCAAUGGGGACCCAUCAAACUGGGCAACAAUCCAACUACUACUACUGUAAUGACAAAUUCCAAGGAGAGUGGAACAUCCCUCACCCUGCCAGCCAACCAGUCACCAGUUGUCACCAGUUCCCCGUCUUCAUCCAUCCCACUUUAAGUUCAGCUUUCCCCACCGCCGAAGCUCAUCUCUGCCUGUGUGAUAAAACCUUAGCCACUUUUGGUGAGCAAAUACCAUUCUGCUCAGCUAAAGAACAGAAACCUCCACUCGGAGCCCAGUUGGACCUGGAAGACCUGGGGCUUGGCUUCAUCUGA